UAAAUUUACUAUGGCUCAGUAUGGAAAUUUUGGACCAUUGAUUGGUGUCAUCUAUCUAAGCAAUACACAUUGUAAAUUUAUGAUUUUCUCAACCAAAAAUGCCGAAGUAUUGACUUUUCAUGAAUUGAAACUCAAGCAAAUUGUACACAAUGCCGGUUGGCUGGAAUAUGAUCCCAAUGAAAUAUGGAAAUAUACCCAGGAAUGUAUUGAGGUUGCCUACAAAAAUCUGGUCAUAUUGGAGAUCAGUCCGCAUGACAUCAUCGCAGUGGGUAUUUGUAAUAUGCGAGGCACCACAGUCAUGUGGGACAAAGAAACUGGAAAUGCUCUACACAAUGCCAUUGGUUGGACGGAUUGCCGCUGUACUUCGCUGCUGAAGACAUUGCUCAACAAUGUUAAACAAAAUGUUGAUUAUUUGAGGCCGCUGAGUGGCCUGCCAUUGAGCACGUGUUUUAGUGCUUUGAAAAUUAAAUGGUUACUUGAAAAUGUAACGGCUGUGAAAGAGGCUUUAGCUAGUGAUACAUUAUGUUUUGGGACCUUGGAUUCGUGGAUAAUGUGGAAUCUUACCGGUUCCGAAACCUGCGGUGUGCACUCAACUGAUGUAACAAAUGCACAAUAUACUGGCCUUAUGAAUAUACACACCAUGCAAUGGGAUGAAAAACUAUGUAAUUUUUAUCGAAUACCAAUGCAAAUACUGCCAAAAAUACGUUCCAAUUCGGAGAUUUAUGGUUAUAUUAUAGAAGGACCCCUUAACAAUACACCAAUUGCCGGUGUUAUUGGUGAUCAACCGGCAGCAUUAUUGGGUCAACUUUCGCUGAAUGUUGGUCAAAAUGUUUGUAACAUAGACGACAGCUGUUUUGUUCUAUUAAAUACGGGUGAAGAAUUAAUUGAGUCGGAAAACGGGCUGCUCUCAAUUGUCUCAUAUAAAUUGGGUCCCAAAGCCAAAGCAUGCCAUGCUUUGGAGGGUGCCAUUAGUAAUGCCGGUUCUACGGUACAAUGGCUUAAGGAGGGCCUACGCAUAAAUACCGAAAUUAAUUCCAAUGAUAAUGUCGUUGAGGUAUUGAAUACAUUUUUGGGUGAAUCAUCUAUGAUCUCAUCAUCGUGUUCCUCGAGCAUCUUAAAUGCUGAAUGUGGUGUGGCGGCACGUCGUUCGGAAAUAACAUUUGUACCUGCUUUUCAUGGACUAUAUGCACCCUAUUGGAGAUAUGAUGCCAGGGGCAUUAUUCUCGGUUUGACCAGUCAAACAACAGCCGAAAAUGUCACUCAGGCCGCCUAUGAAGCUACCGGUUUUCAAAUUCAUGAAGUAUUAGAGGCAUUCAAACGUGAUACCGCUGCCAAUUGGAAUUGGAAGGACAUAAAGGAGCGUUUAAUAUUCGGUGGCGAUUAUGCCGAGAAUACUUCGUUUGUACAGUUUAUUGCCGAUAUUGUGGGUUUUGUUUUGGAACGACCACAAACCACAGCGCCAUGUGCAUUGGGUGCCAUGAUUGCAGCCGGCAUCACUAUGAAAGUUGUGGAUAAAAACUAUGCACAAAUUGCCUAUAUGCCACCGGCCGAUGCCAUAAGUCCAACCACAACACCAAAUCGACGGGCAUUAUUAUACAAACGCUGGGAAUAUGCUGUGAAGAAAUGCCUCAGCUGGAAUAACUAUGAAACCUUUGAGGAGGACAUUGCCUUGUUUGCCCAACGUGAACGUGAUACAAAUCUGCCCAUACGUCGCUCCCUGCCCGGUAGUAUAUUUUUGACCAGUGCAUUUGUAUUCCUAAUCGUAGCCAAGUUUCUAAAUCAAAAAUAA